AUGGCGAACUCGAAGUACGAGUACAUAAAAGCAUUCGAGUCCCGCGACGAAAUCAUUCCGGACGUCUUCUUUGCAGUUCGCGUGGACGGUCGCGUAUUCCGCAAGUUCGCCGAACGCCACGGCCUAGAGAAACCGGUUGAUGAGCGCCUCGUCACGCUUUUGAACGAGACAGCCGGCCACGUUAUGCAGGCCUUCUCCGGACAGGUCGGAAUUGCAUACGGUCACAGUGAUGAGUACAGCUUCAUAUUCCGCCGAGACGCAACAAUUUUCGGACGGCGCACGAGCAAGUUGCUCUCGGUGACUGUCUCACUGUUUACCAGCGCGUUCGUGUGCGGCUGGGCUGGCCACCUGGGCGGGUCGACACCGCUGCGCGACACACCGAGUUUCGACGCGAGGCUUGUCGUUCUGCCCAGCUUCCGACACGUGCGUGAUUACCUGGCCUGGCGUCAGGUAGACUGCCAUGUGAACUGCCAAUAUAAUACUGCGUUUUGGCUGUUGGUGCAGAAGGACAAGCUCUCCCUCGACGACGCACACAAGACGCUUCGCGGCACGGAUACAGGAAUGAAGAAUGAAAUUAUGUGGCAACGAGGUGUCAACUACAACAAUUUACCGCAGGUGCACAGGAAGGGCACAGUUCUUGUCUGGGACAGAGCGCUCGAUGUUCCGGAUGACCGCGCGCUUCCGAAGCCAGAGGCCGUGUGCGCUGAUCGAGUUGCGGGAGCACGUCGCAUCAUCUGUCUGCACUGUGAUCUGAUCCGCGCUCCCGACGAUGAUCUCUUGCUCUUUGGAUCGCUGCAGAAUCCCGACGCUGAAGCGCUUCGAUAG